CUUCUCACUUGCAAUCGGUUGAUCUUUCGUUAUAAGCAUUUUCUUCAAUGGCGGAUGUGAUCGGGCCACGGUUGUACAGCUGCUUCAAGUGCAGAAACCAUGUCGCCCUUCACGAUGACAUUGUAUCGAAAGCUUUUCAGGCCAAAAAUGGCAGAGCCUUUUUGUUCUCGCACGCCAUGAAUGUUGUUGCUGGACCUAAAGAGGACAGACAACUCAUCACUGGUCUUCACACAGUUGCUGACAUACACUGCUCUGAUUGUGGUGAAAUGCUUGGUUGGAGGUAUGAAAGAGCUUACGAGGAAUCUCAGAAGUACAAGGAAGGAAAAGUCGUGCUUGAAAAAUUCAAGAUUGUCAAGGAAAACUGGUAGCCUCUCCUCCGACGCGGGGGGCCAAGUUUGCUGGUAAUCUGGAAUCACAACCUGUAUAUAUUGUACACAGAAGCCUCGUCAAUUUAAUGAUUCAACCUGUG